AUGCUCCUCUCGUCCAUGAUUGGCGCAGCAGUUUCCCUCGCCGCCCUCUUCGCCAUCGCCGCCCUCAUGGAGCCCGGGGCCAUCCCCUCUGUAGUCGGCAUAACAGCAGCCGGAGUCAUCUGGGGCGUCACGACUGAAGUAUCCAACAACCUCGUCGGAUCAGAAGUGUCCGUCACUCUUCGGAGCCAUAUUAUUCAACAGUCGUAUCGAAGGACCAUCGAACAGCAUAUUGGUGCCACGCUGGAAAAAGUCAUCACGAGCAUUCGUACCAACACCCCAUUCGAGCUGCCCGACUGCGUUUACUUUGACGUUUGCGACGAGUAUUGCUUCCUGGAUAAAAAGAGGCACAUGUUCUUCAGUUUCUCCUUCAAAGUCCUCCCCGAACCCGGGACACUACCCCGGCCCCUCAACGAGAGCAUUCCUCCUCUUGACUUGCCCACCUACGACCCAUCAAGAACACAUACGAUAGAAGACAGGAAAGACCUCUCCAAGGGCGUCUUUGGCGGCACCCGACAACGCGCAAUCCUGGGCUUCACCAUCGGGCUCUCAGCGAGCCUCAUGUCCCUCCUCCUUGGCACAGCAGGAGUCGUCCUGGGCGUAGUCCUAGCCACGAUGCUGGUCAACCACUUCACCACUCCAAAGAGUCCCGAAAAAGUUGCUCUGUCAAUCGAGUUUGCAAAUGAGCUGCGCCGUCACCUGGAUCGAUUGCUACACUGUGCCAGGCAGAAUAACAUUGGCCUUGAGGCUCACAUGUGGGUUGCGUCGACGUCGGCUUCUACCUGGAGAUCACAAGAUCUAUGA